AUGUCGAAAGAACAACAUCAGAAACCACAACAGCAAAGAUUGCGACAACAAAACCACCUAAAGAAGUCACCACUGGCCCAUACCCUCAACAACAUCUCCAGAAACCACAACCAAAUAUGUCGAAACAACAACAUCAGAAACCACAACAGCAAAGUACCCUCAACAACAUCUCAAGAAACCACAACCAAAUAUGUCGAAACAACAACAUCAGAAACCACAACAGCAAAGAUUGCGACAACAAAACCACCUAAAGAAGUCACCACUGGCCCAGUAACAAGCUCUACCACAGCUGUUGUUCAAACCACCACCUCCGUGCCAGGUGUCACAACAACAAGCCCUGAAACAACAAUCGUAACAUCAAAACCUUCUGUUGUUACCACAACUAUUAAAGUACCGUCACCCACAACUACAGAAACCACAACCAAAUCUGCAGAAACAACAGAAUCAGAAACCACAACAGCAAAGAUUGCGACAACAAAACCACCUAAAGAAGUCACCACUGGCCCAGUAACAAGCUCCGCCACAGCUGUUGUUGAAACCACCACCUCCGUGCCAGGUGUCACAACAACAAGCCCAGAAACAACAGUCGUAACAUCAAAACCUUCUGUGGUUACCACAACUAUUAAAGUACCGUCACCCACAACUACAGAAACCACAACCAAAUCUGCAGAAACAACAGAAUCAGAAACCACAACAGCAAAGAUAGCGACAACAAAACCACCUAAAGAAGUCACCACUGGCCCAGUAACAAUCUCUACCACAGCUGUUGUUGAAACUACAACCUCAGUGCCAUCAACAAGCCCAGAGACAACAGUUGGUGUAGUCACAGGAACACCACAAACAACAACUGUAAUUACUAAACCUCUUUUGGAAAGAACAACUAUUGUGGCUUCAACUGUAACUACAGGAGCAACAGCUAAAGCUACAACUUCCAUUGGCCCAAUAACACAGACUCUUCCAGGCAGCACAACUGUUUACACUACCCUACCAGCCAGGACCACAGUUGUUUCUACACCAUCACUGUUUACCACAACUACAUUAAUAUGUGUGUGCAUUGUCAAUGGGACUUCACAUUAUCCUGGUGACUUGGUGUAUAAUGUCACUGAUGGCUUAGGAUGGUGUUAUGUUGCAUAUUGCAAUGCAUCUUGUAAAGUUGAUCCGCAAUCCAGUCUAUGUCCCACAACACAACCCAGCACAACCGCACGUUCUACCACUGCAGUGAUUGGCACCACUACAAAGGAAACAAUUUCUUCUACCACAACUAUUCCUACCUCUUCUUCCACUCCAUCAACGACCCCAUCUACAACUACCGCGGACUGCAAUGAUGUGAAUCCACCAAGAAAGAAUGGACAAUCAUGGAAGGUCAGCAACUGCACCACAGCUACCUGCACCGAUGGCAAGGUCACAGAGACAGCUACUCCCUGUCCCACAGUACAACAACCCAUCUGUGCCAAUGGGCGCCAAGUUGUCAAAGUCUAUGAUGAUAACGGAUGCUGCUUCCACUAUGAAUGUGAAUGUGUGUGCAGUGUCUGGGCUGGAUCCCACUACAUGACAUUUGAUGGAAAAUCAUACGAUUUCAACAAGAACUGCUCUUACUACCUGGUCAAAGAGAUUAUUACUAAAUAUAACCUGACUAUCAUAGUAAAUAACCAUGACUGUGACCCUUCAGACAGCACAUUCUGUCCGCAGGCUCUCACUGUUGCAUACCAAUCCUACACAGUAGUUUUGACUCAGUUGAAUACUUCAGGAUCAACAUUUAAUGUGGUGUAUGUAAAUCAGAAACGUAUCUAUCCCGCCUAUACAAAUUCUGUCCUACGCCUUACUAGCACCGAUAUGGUGAUCACGUUGGAGAUACCGGAGAUCAACACAAAAGUGGUCUAUAGGGGCUCCUCGUUCAGCAUUGACCUUUCUUAUUCCCUCUUUGGUGGAAACACUGAGGGACAGUGUGGGACCUGUGACAACUUUCAGAACAACGACUGCCGGUUUCCAAACGGUCAGGUAGAAAGCUGCUCAGAAUCUGCAGGCCAGUGGCAUGUCCCAGGUACACCCUGUGUCAUCCCACCUACUCCUACUACUACAACCACCUCAACACCUACGACCACCUCAACACCAAUACACACAAAGCCACCUUGCAAACCUGCCAUUUGUGAUCUCCUAACCAGCAGCGUUUUUGCACUAUGCCACACAGUCAUACCCCCAGGACCAUUUGUGAAAUCCUGUGUGUCUGACAUUUGCAACAAUGGCAAUAACACCUGCUCCAGCCUUGAGGCCUAUGCCACUGUCUGCUCUAAUGCAGGUGUCUGUAUCGACUGGAGGACUGCAACCAAUGGGCAAUGUGAGCACACGUGUCCAAAUAACAAGGUGUACAUGGCCUGUGGCCCAACUGUAGAGCCUACAUGCAAUGAGAGAUACAACAAAAGGUUCCAGGCAGAUAGCCACACAGCGACUAACUACACUCAAGAGGGUUGCUUCUGUCCUCAUGACACCAUCUUAUUCAACACAGUCUAUGACACAUGUGUUACCUCCUGUGAUUGUGUUGGACCUGAUGGAAAACCCAAACAGCCUGGUGACACAUGGACAAGUGACUGCAACACCUGUAUGUGUGACAAGGAUUCCAUGAGCAUCCAAUGUCAGCCUGUUCAGUGCCCAUCAGUACAGAGCCCCAACUGCAGACCUGGCCAGCAGCUGGUCAACAAGACAGAUGGCUGCUGCACUACACCUUCAUGUGAGUGCAAUGUAAACCUGUGUCCUGCUCCUAUCACCUGCCCGCUGGGCUUCCAACUUGACGUCACCAACAGCACCUGCUGCCAAUCCUAUGAGUGUGUUCCUAAAGGUGUAUGUGUCUAUGACAUGACCGAGUACAAGCCUGGUGCCAAUAUACCAACACCAGAAACACCAUCAGUACCACCAUUAGAAGCACCAUCAACAGCACCAUCAGGAACAACAGCAGCCCCAUCAGGAGCGGGACAACCAUCAGGAACAACAGCAGCCCCAUCAGGAGCAGGACAACCAUCAGGAACAACAGCAGCCCCAUCAGGAGCAGGACAACAAUCAGGAACAACAGCAGCCCCAUCAGGAGCGGGACAACCAUCAGGAACAACAGCAGCCCCAUCAGGAGUGGGACAACCAUCAGGAAGUACAACAGCCCCAUCAGGAGCGGGACAGCCAUCAGGAACAACAACAGCACCAUCGGGCCCUAUAUCAGAGAAGUCUUUUAUUCCUGGGGGCUGCCAGGAAUGUUAUUGUGGCCCCAAAAUGGAUCCCAUCACAAAGCUCAACAUCAUUACCUGCAAACCCAUUGUCUGCAACACAAAGUGCUCUGAAGGUUAUGAAUAUCAGACUGUACCUGACAAGUGCUGCGGGAAGUGUGUUCCAAAGAGCUGUAGUGUCAGCACACCUAACAACACAAUCAUUAUCAUUGAGGUCGGCAACACUUUUGUACCUGCAAAUGACAAGUGUGUGCAAUAUACCUGUGAGAAGAUCAAUGGACAGCCUGUUACCAAGGAAACCAAGAGCACUUGUCCACCCUUUAACCCCUUGGACUGUGAACCUGGCACCGAGACAACUGACGAGAAUGGAUGCUGCAAAACAUGCAAGCUGCGGAGCAUCUGUGAGGUCCAGAGAAAACAGACGUUCAUCAAGGUAAACAACUGUAAGAGCACGCAGCUGGUCAACGUGACGUCCUGCGGGGGACACUGUGGCAGCUCGUCCAUAUAUUCUGCAGCAGCUAAUGAGAUGAUACAUCAGUGUGAGUGUUGCCAAGAGGCCACGACCAGUCAGAAGCAGGUGGAGCUGGCCUGUGGCGACGGCUCCAAGGUCCAGCACAGCUACAUCGUGGUGGAGACGUGCCACUGCAGCAAAGCAGAGUGCGUGGCGGGAACAACUUCCAAACAACAGCGCCGCAGGAGACGCUGAUCAACUACUUACUAAUUCUUGUCAGGUUUUAUUUAUAGCUUAACGUGCUCUU